AUGUUAUUCAACAUAGUUUCUGGAGAGUCCGAGAAAUUAUAUGAAAAAGAGAACCCAACUUAUGAUGAGGUAAUUCGAUUCAUAAGGGAGCAAAUGAACAUAGUCAGCCCGUUAUUAACAUAUAUUGAUGAUGAUGGGAAAUCCUAUUAUGUGAAUUGUACUAAUGACAUAAAUGAGAUAAAAAAGAAGUUGUCAAUAAUUAAGAAAGUGAAUUUGUACAUAACCUUGUAAACUUGGACUUGUGCAUUUUGUACAUACGAAGAGAAUACAGAGGAGAAAUGUGAAGUUUGUGGACAAAUGAAAAAAUGA